ACAGACAGGAGGCGGCGCAGACUAGACAGGGAGCCAGAACUGCCGCAAGAAAAGGGACGCCCCAGCGACUCUAGCGACAGUGUACGGAGUGCUUGUUGGUGGAAACUGCAGAAGUGUGAUCGAAUGAGGCUUUCUCUGUGACUCACAAUGGGUGAUCAAGACCCCAUUACUGCCUCUGAAGGCUACAAAAGGUUUCGGAGUAGUAUUCCACAGAGGAAGAUCGUGGUGGAUAAAAGUAAUCAGCCGUGGGUGGUGUAUGAUGCUGGGCCAAGACAUGUACACAGUCCCUUGGUUUGUUUGCCCCCUGUGUGUGGCACAGCAGAUGUCUUCUUCAAGCAACUCUUAGCACUCUCUCAAGCUGGAUACAGAGUCAUUUCUGUGGAAUAUCCGGUGUUCUGGUCUGUUGAAGAGUUCUGUGAUGGGUUUCUAAAACUCAUAGACCACCUGGAACUUGAUAAGGUUCACAUCUUUGGAGCCUCCCUCGGUGCAUUUCUAGCCCAAAAGGUGGCUGAGCAGACAUUCAAGAGUCCACGGGUACACUCCUUGCUUCUCUGCAAUGGCUUUGUCGACACAACAGCUUUCAAACAAACCAAGAGUGCCAAAGCGUAAGUAACCCUGCUGUAAAGUGUCAUCAAUGAGCUGAAGGCAAAGCAAAACUGCACCUGGAACAAGUGACAUACCCAUCAAAGUCCAGUAUGUGCCUGUGCAUUAGCCAGACACAAGGUUUCUUGGCAGGUGCCAUGGUCAGCAGCAUUUCAUCACCGCUAAGGUUACACACAAAACUUCACCAUAGGAAGUACAUGAUGGAAUGAUAAAUACUGCAUUGGUUGUGGGCUAUGCCAGCCUUUCUACUAAAGCGCCAAAUUCUGAUGAAUUUGCCGAGUGAGAAGCUGGAAUCUGAGGUAGCAAACUCAAUCGACUUUAUGGUGGAAAGGCUGGAUACUCUGGAGCGCAGUCAAUUAGCUGCACGCCUUACUCUCAAUUGCUCUGAUAACUAUGUGGAGCCACAGAAACUCAAGGACAUAUAUGUGACAAUCAUUGAUGUGUUUGAUGAGUCAGCUUUGUCACAAAGAUGCAAAGAAGAGAUGUACAAGUGUUACCCCAAUGCUAAGAGGGCACAUCUCAAAUCUGGUGGCAACUUCCCUUACCUGUCUCGGAGUGGUGAAGUAAAUCUCAUGAUUCAGAUUCAUCUAAUGACUUUCCAAGGAACGAGAUACUGCGCAAAAGACCCGUCACUGGUACAUCCUGAUGAGAUCAAGGCUGCCAGGGGAGAACUAGAACCACCACGAGAUGACUAAUUAAUUUUCACCCAUUUCCCCAUGCUCUUCUUUCUAUAAUAUAUUAAACAUCAUUUCUUUUGCUUUGUGUCUAUUUUUCUUUAGUGUUGAAUAUUUAAUGUAGGGUUUGAAGAGGGGCUAAAUAGCAGAGUGAAGCUGUUGUUGUAUAUGACAUUAACAAGGUGGUAGAGUUCAAAAAGUACUUGCAUGGGAAAAGUGAUGCUGGGUCUAGAUUAAUGUUUAAGUUCAGGUCAGGCACGCAUGGGCUAAAUGAGGAACUGGGUAGGCAUAGCGGGAGGGUAUAUAUGAAGGAGUGCCUGUUGUGUGAUGAUGAGUGUGAAAGUGUGAGUCAUGUGUUGUAGGAGUGUCCAGCAUA